AAAAAAGAUGGAAGUAAAAGUGGAUCCAAAGCGUGUGCUGGUGACAGGAGGCAGCGGUCUGGUGGGGAAGGCCAUCGAGCGAAUAGUGAUAGAGGAAGGGGGUGCUAGAGAAGGAGAGGAGUGGAUCUUCCUGUCCUCCAAAGAUGCCGACCUAACAAAUGCGGCUCAGACGAGGGCUAUUUUCGAAAAACAUCGUCCCACGCAUGUAAUCCAUCUUGCGGCCAUGGUGGGUGGCCUCUUCCGGCACUUGAGACAGAACCUGGAUUUCUGGAGACAAAAUGUGGCCAUCAAUGAUAAUGUUCUGCACACAGCUCAUGAAUUUGGUGUGGUCAAAGUCGUCUCCUGUCUGUCCACGUGCAUCUUCCCAGACAAAACCACCUACCCCAUUGAUGAGACCAUGAUCCACAAUGGUCCUCCUCAUUGGUCUAACUCCGGUUAUGCUUAUGCCAAACGGAUGGUUGAUGUCCACAACAGAGCUUGUUUUCAGCAGUAUGGACGGAGGUACACUGCUAUAAUCCCCACAAAUAUAUUCGGUCCCCAUGACAACUUCAGCAUAGAAGAUGGCCAUGUUCUGCCAGCACUUGUCCACAAGGCCUACAAAGCAAAACUGACUGGGACACCUUUAGAGGUGUGUGGCUCUGGGAGUGGCCUUCGGCAGUUCAUCUACUCCCUGGAUCUGGCUCGCCUCUACCUGUGGGUGCUGAGAGAAUAUGACGAGGUGGAGCCCAUCAUAUUAUCAGUUGGAGAGGAGGAUGAAAUUACCAUUAAGGAUGUUACUGAUGCGAUUGUUGAAGCCUUUGAGUUUACAGGACCUGUGGUUUACGACACCAGCAAGUCCGAUGGUCAAAUGAAGAAAACGGCAAGCAAUGCUAAACUCCGCCGAUACCGUCCCGACUUCACCUUCACGCCCUUCCGCACAGCUGUGAAGGAGACGUGUGAUUGGUUCUCGGCCAACCAUGACAGAGCCCGCAAAUGACAAGAGUACAGGAGACAAAACAAGGUUGAAAGGUGCAAUGUCUGUGAUCUUGAGAAACACUAAAUGUCCUUCUACACACUGUAAUUAAAAAGAGUAAUGUUUACAAUCUUACUUCUGAUCCACCUACCUUGACAACUACUGAAUAAGGUUACAUGAGAAAGAUAUGCAUUUGGCUCAUAAUCCUUACAGUUAAACUGUGCUUUUCCUAUAGAUAUUUUGAAUAUUAGAACUUUCUCGGGGUUUCAUAUUACAGGUUUGUAGUGAUACUGAAUUUUUUUUUUUCGUCUGUUCAUGGUUAUAUGUUUACAAGUCUGCUAUUUGAGUGAACAAAAUGUAAUUUGAUUCAUGAGCCGUUUUUCUUAUGAAACAUUUAAUGUUCUGAA